AAGCUCAAUGCUUGCUGUUCCGGUAACCUUGUGUGUAUGUGUAGCGUGGUGCUGAACUUUCAUUUGUAACAUUUUCAUUUAUUGGGUAAACGUAAAUACAGUUUUCUAGUCUGUCGUCAUGUCUCUUGCUGCAGAGGCGUAUGUUUCCCAGAUAGCAGCUGCGGAUCCGUGGCCUGAAAACGCGACGCUGUAUCAGCCCCUGAAAGAUGACCAAAUAUUGCUGUCGGAUUGUGCAUCUUCUCUUGCCGUCCAGGCGUACCUGAGGAUGUGCCGUCUGCCCAUCCGGACACGCUGCCGGCCCAACGCCGAAUACAUGUCCCCGUCCGGUAAAGUCCCCUUCGUACACGUUGGAAACCAGGUUGUGUCGGAGCUGGGGCCGAUAGUCCAGUUCACCAAGGCGAAGGGCCACUCUCUCAGCGAGGGGCUGGACGAGGUGCAGAGGGCCGAGAUGAAGGCGUACAUGGAGCUGGUGAACAACAUGCUGCUGACAGCCGAGUUGUACAUCCAAUGGUGUGACGAGAACACAGUGGCGGAGAUCACAUGGCCGAGGUACAGCAGCCCAUACUCAUGGCCCCUGAACCACAUCCUGGCCUAUCAGAAACAGUGGGAGGUCAAGCGCAAGAUGGCCGCCAUCGGCUGGGCAGGGAAAAGCUUGGCACAGGUCUAUGAAGACGUGAGCCUUUGCUGCCAGGCCCUGUCUCAGAGGCUGGGGACACAGCCCUACUUCUUUAACAAACAACCCACCGAACUGGACGCUCUGGUUUUCGGUCACCUGUUCACCAUCCUCACCACUCAGCUGACUACCAGCGAGCUGAGCGAGAAGAUCAAGAACUACGGCAACCUGCUGGCAUUCUGCCGCCGCAUCGAGCACAACUUCUUUGAGGAGCACAACCGGGAGGGCGACGCAGGGCCCGCGUCCCACUUCCCCAAAAGCCCCUCUCUGAUCUGACCCUCGCUCGGCCGUUCCCGCUGCAUUCCCACUCCCACGCACUCCCGGCUCCUCCCACGGACGCCCGGGAUCACCUUCCAUUCCACCAAUGCGGCAGUGUUCCUCUCUCAUGUACAAACUUUGAUUUCUUCCUCCCUGUUUUCUUCCACUGUUUGCCGUGAUUUCAUGUGCCUACUAGUAAUAAAAUUCCAUGAUUCAAACUGUC